AUGUUUACAACAAGAUUGGCCUAUAGAUUUGCCAAAUCAGUUCCGGUGGUUGAUGUUACUUCAUUUCUUGCCAAAAAGGGUGACUCAUCAGCUUAAUGUGCUUAAGUAGCUGAAGCUCUUCAUAACUAUGGUGCUGUUUGUAUCAAGGAUCCAAGAGUCAAUGAUCGUCAUAAUGUCGAUUUUCUUGAUAUGAUGGAGAAGUAUUUUGAAAGCAGAGCUGCCAAAUUCUAUAAUAAUGAAAAAGUAAAUUCUUUAUCUAAUUUCUAGGUUGAAGAUAUCUUUCCUAAUUAUUCAUAUCAAGUUGGGGCUACUCCAGAGUUUGUUGAGAAAGCCCGUACACAUACAAAUGUAAUUAGAUAAUACACUAAAGAAAAUGAAGCAUACACACCUUAACCAGCUCCUUAUGUAUUUGAAUUAACUAUUUUAUUUUAGGAUGCUAAAUGGAGAUUCUUUUGGCCUAUUGAUGAUUCUGGAAAGCGAAAUAAAGAUGAAGAGUUAAUUUUAUUAAUUAAAAUAUUAGUUUCAAACCACCAAGAUUCAGACCUAAAGAUGUUCCUUAAUUUGGAGAGAGAAUGGAAUAAUGGGGUAAAAUGAUGAUUAAUGGAUGUUUAACUGUUGCUGAAAUGGCUGCUAUUGGUAUGAGUAUACCAGCUGAUACAUUUACAACUAGAAUGUAAGGAGGACCUCAUCUUUUGGCUCCAACUGGAUCAGAUUUAGAUAGACACAAACUUGGAACUGUUUUUGCAGGUUUUCAUUAUGAUCUUAAUUUCUUAACUAUUCAUGGAAAGAGUCGUUAUCCUGGACUUUAUGUAUGGUUAAGGAAUGGAGAAAGAAUAUCUGUUGCUGUUCCUGAAGGUCAUCUUCUUUUAUAAGCAGGGGCUUAAUUUGAUUUACUGACUGGAGGCUAUGUUACUUGUGGUUAUCAUGAAGUAUUCAAUCUAUUUUGAUUUAUAUAGGUUAUAUAUACAGAAGAUGCUAAAAAGAGAUAUGAGGAAAAUAAGAAGGCAGGAAAGAGUACUUGGAGAGUGUCAUCUACAUUGUUUUCUCAUAUUAAUUCAGAAGUCACUCUCUAACCUUUAGGUAAGUUUGCUAAGUAGGGAUUACCAGAAAAGUAUAAGCCAAUAAAAGCAUUUGAUCAAGUUCAAUAAGAAUUGGAGGCUAUCAAAUUAAAAUGAAA